CUCACAGGCGGCGGCUGCACAGGCCUGUCCCCGGCGGGCAGGCAGGCAGGCAGGCACCGGGGCGGGAAUACCAGCGCAAAUGUUGGCGAACGGAUCCAAGGGGAGGUGGAGGGGAAUGCUUUAACAUUUAGAAAAUAAAAUUAAAGGAAUUUAACUUGAACCUGAGGGCGAUCGGGGACGGAGUGACUGACUGUUGCAGAUUAUGGCGUCAACCACAGAGGAUUUGGAUGCAGAAAAUCAAUUUUCUCCAGAACCUGAAACCAGCAAAAUUCAUCAUGGAGUGCGAGCCGAUGUAUCGCCUGAUGCAAAGUGUCCUAUCUGUCUGGACAGAUUUGACAACAUGUCUUACAUCGAUCGAUGCUUCCACAAAUUUUGCUUUCGUUGCAUUCAGGAAUGGUCCCGCAACAAAGCAGAAUGCCCUCUGUGUAAACAGCCAUUCAGCUCCAUUUUCCACAGUGUACGAACUGAAAAUGAUUUCCAAGAGUAUGUCCUGAAGGCAACAGAGAAUGGCUCCUUUGGCAGUCCAGGCGGCCAGCGAUUUCGAUAUCGCACAACACUAACUCGAGAACGCCGCAGGGCCCACCAGCCUCGGAGCUCCCCAGUAAUUUCACAGUUGCCUGACAACGGAGUGGUGUUUGAGGGACUGGGGCGACAACCCCGGGCACAACAGGGCCGCAACUUGCGCCGCAUGAUGACUCGGCUGAGUGCCCGCAGGAGGGCGCAGUCCCAAGGUGCAUCCACUCGCCAAAUCCAAGAACAGGAGAUGGUCAACUUCAGGCGAGAAUUGUACCGGUCAGGCAUGAGGGUCAGGAAUGUACAAGAUGGCGGUCGUUACCGUGAUGUCUCUGCUGAGUUCUUCCGCCGCAACACUGCGUGCCUCCAUCGCCUGAUGCCAUGGCUAAAGCGGGAGCUCUGCGUCUUGUUCGGCUCCCAUGGUUCUAUUGUCAACAUUGUCCAACACAUCAUCAUGUCCAAUAUUGUCCGGUAUGACAUGGAAGGGGAAGCAUUCCAAGAGGAGUUGAGACCCUUCCUGCUUAGUCGCACUGACCACUUUUUGCACGAGUUUAUCAGUUUCGCGAGGGCUCCAUUUAACAUGGAAUCGUAUGACCAGCGAGCCAACUAUGACUGUCCAGCGCCAUCCUACGAGGAAGAAAGCGAUUCCGAUUUGUCUGUCAUUGCGAUCUCACCUGACGUUGCUAAUCCUCGGCAGGCAGACAGACCAACUCCUAACCCCUCAGAGCUGGCUCUUAGCCUAAGUCAGGCAACAUGGGAUGAUGAGACACCUGGCCCUUCCUACUCAGUCACAGAGACCUUGGAGGCCGGGAAUUCCUCACCUGAUGAAGCCUCUGUUGUUUCUGAAGCGGUUUCAUCGCAGCCCGAAUCAUCAUUGCCAAUAAAGGCUGAUCCUGCAACAAAGGAGGACAACUCAAUCCGAUUGGGAGAUGAUUGCUUAAUCGUGGGUUAUGUGAAACCUUUAGCUGAGAGGACUCCUGAGCUGAUUGAACUGAGUUCAGACUCCGAGGUUUCCACACAUGUCGCAAGCACAGAGGUUGUUGGGCAGCCUGUGCAUACACAUUUCAACAGCAUCAGCGCUAGUAGUUGCUGCUUGUCAACCAGGUCAUCCUCAACCAGAUCCUCUGUCUCCAAGGAUCGGUGGAAAAGGAAGAAAUCAAAACGGAAGAAGAGGAAGAAAUCAAAAAGAGAGAAGCAUCGAAAAAAAAGUUCCCAUUCUGGAGGCAGCACCUCGUCUUCCUGCAGACAUAAGGCAAGGGAAUCCAACAGGGUUAGAUGUCGUUAAGAUCGAUCCAGGUACCGAUCGCAAAGCAGAGACAAACAUGAUCUUCAGAGGCACCAGCGAUCAGGCAGCGCAGAUAGAACUAUGGGGUCUUACUCGUACAGUAGAAAUGAGCAUCGAGCCAAGGACUGGAGCCAAAGGACCAGGAGAGACAACUAUUCUUUGGGAGGUAGAGCGAGGUCAGCCAGCCGAGAAACCUGUGGCAAUCAAACACAGAACAGAAAGAGGUCACGGAACCGAGAGAGGGCGUCAUGUACAAGAAGUCGAACAGGGUCCCAGAACAGUGACAGCGUGGUUCCCAGGCACCGACCUAGAUCACGCUCUUGGAGCAGAGGGUAUGCAUUAGUGAGAGACAGGAGAAGGACCAGAAGCAGGGAGAGGACAUACAGUUAUAUGAGGGAAUACCAGGAAAGAGACAGGGUGUUCUCAUAUCAGUGGGAAAGAUACAGUUACCACAGUAGAGCGCACAACGGUCAUGAUUCAUUAGCCAGAACCAGAACUCGCCAUAGGAGAACGUCGCCUUGUUCAGAUUAUAGAAUACGGUCUAGUUCUGAAAGUACAAGUUUAAGAAGCCCAUGUAGUCAGAGGGAAGACGUUUAUUAUCAGUACAGAAAUUAUCAUUCAAGAAGUCCAUCGAGUACCAGGUCUAGAACUACCUCUGGCCGCACUGAUAAGUUGAGGCAAGAGAAACCUGGGGGCAAAAGAAAGUAUAAAACUCAUUAUUUGGAAAGUUCAUCCAGCAGAGAAGACAAAAGUGCAAAUUUACAGAUUGCCAAGUUAUCGUCAGAGAUUCACACUUUGCCCAGAAGGGAGGGAAGCUCUCCCAGGCCUCAUUCACAAUGCAGCAGCUACUCGAAGAAUGGUUCUGUGGUGGCUGAGAGCAUGAUAAGCAGUGAGCCCAAGUCGAAAAGGCACAGAGAGAAGCAGAGGAGUUCCAGUGUAGAAAUUGUGUAUGAAGGAAAGGCAACAGAGGCAAGCCGGCGUCACAAGCGAAAGAAGAAACACAAGAAGCAGAGGAAGGAGAAAAGCAGCGAAAGGACAGAUUGCACAAAUCAAUCUCCACUUGUCAUAACUAUUGAAAGUGAUACCGAUGAGGUGGCUGUUGCAAGCAUGGAUAGUGAUAACAGCACUGUAAGCAAAACGUCUGAGUACCUUAAGAAUAGCAGUUUUGAUUUUGUUGAACACCUCAUGCAGACUCGGGCUGCCCAGGAUCUCUCCAGUGCAACAGCCAAUACUUUAUUCAGGAACACCAGCACAGAGUCGUUGGAUGUGUGUGGGCUGCCCACUGAUUCCGAUCUUUCUCCUCCGAAUCCAAACGGACAGACUUGUCUUAAACCAGAAGGUGUAAAUCCAGUGACCAAUGCAGGCGAUCAUCGGAAUUUUAAGGGGGAAGAGCAAAGCAGCAGACAGCAUUGUCCUUCACCAAGGCCAACUCUUCCCAAAAACACUUCAGACAGACCACCUUUGAUACUGAAAAUCCCAAAGAGGUUCUUUAAUGGCACCAACCUAUUUAAUAACUCAAUGAAAAAUGCAUAGAAAUAGUUUCCUGAGACAACCGAUUUGAACUUGGUAAUCGCUCCUCCCACCAACCCUUUCCAACCCCACUUCCACACCAGGGAAUUUUAUAUUACAUUUGUACUGUAGUAACAAGAGGAUUUCUAAGUGUGUGGGGUCAUCAAGCUAGCAUCAGAUGUACAGAUUUGUUUAAAAAAAAUAAACAAAGAAUUCCUGUGACAUGACUGCUAAUACUGUGCUGAUCAGUUUUGCGUGAGCAUAAUGCUUUACUGUGACCAGGAUGGUGAAUGGUGUCUGUACGUUGGAAAUUUUAUAUCUAUUGUAUAUUAAGGUUGGACUGUUGCAGUCUGGCGAGAAGUUGCGUGGAUUUAUUUAUUUAUGUUAUCUUUUUCAUCUUGAUUUUAUCAUUGCCAAAAGUAGAUAACACAAGCUGGUCCUUUAAUUGCUCCAAACUCUCAGUGAUCAUGCACAUGCAGGUAGGAGGAUUUGGAGAGAUUAAUGGCGCUUGCACUUUUGUAAAUAAUCAUUCUCGAAUGUUCUAAGAUAGUUGCCAACUGUGUAGAAUAAUCAAAUUGGCUGUUGGCGCAAUAAAGUUUUUUUUUAAAUCA